AUGGGUAUCUUGCUUAUCGAGCAUUUAUGAUCGUGAAUAAUCUCACCAUCGUUUAGGUGUUGGAACCGUCGUAGCAAUUAGACUACGUAUGUGUGACACGCAUUGCUUUAUCUUGGAUUUACCUGUUGCUGUUUUUGUUCGUGGUUUGGUUUUGACUGUGAUUGUUAGGCAUGGCAGGAGUGCCUGUGAAUCGGGGAUGCUACGAAUGUGGCUCGAUGAGCCACUGGGUGCGUGAUUGCCCACAUCGGGCUCGGCAGUUUCGACCGCCGGCGACGGAAGCCAACACGGUCCCGACUGGUGCACCUUUAUUGACUCUACUUGCACCUUCUUCGUUCUCGGCACCGCCUAAUCCUUCAUCUAUUCCAUCAAACUCUCACGAGGCUGGGCCUUCAAAUUAUGGGGCUGGAUAUCAGCAGCCGACGCGCUCGGGAGGAUGGUGGAGAGCCAACCAGGAACGAUUGGACAUGUGCUAUAGUAAGUAUCUAGAAGAUCAGCAAAAGGAGGUUAAGCGCAAGGAGGAGGAGGAGAAAGCUCGGGUACGCAAAGAGGAGGACCGUAAGCUCGAAUGGAAGAAGGAGCGGGAGCUGUUUGAGCAAGAGAUGGGAAAUCAAUUGGAGAAGAGGAUGCAGAAGUUGUGUCUCGUCAAGGAGGGAGGGAAGGAGGCAGUUGGGGCUAGCAGUAUGGUGAACGAAGUAGCGACUCUGAAAGCGGAGAAUGAGAUGCGGAGGAUGGAACUGGGAGGUGGUCAGGAAAUUAUGGGGAUGAAGAAGGAGAUUGAGGCGCUACGUGGGAAGAAUGAACGGGCGAUGGAUGAAGCAGUACUUUGGAAGAGUGAGGCCCUUAGGCCAGGUAACAAACGGGAGAGCAUCGCGAUCAACACUCCGGACUGCUCACUACGGGGUACUCCUAAACCUCGUUGGACCGACAACAUCCGGGAAGGAGAUAAAUGGAAAGAGGAAUACAGGAAGCUACAAGGCUUGCACAAAGUGACUAAUACGGAGGCGGAGGUACUCAAGAUGAAGCGUGAUGAAGCUGAGGUUAAGCGCAUGGAGGCGGAAAAGCAGGUGAAGAGCCUCCAAGAUAAGCUAAGUCGGCUGACUGCGAAAGAGAAAGGUGACAAGCCCGUAUCAGGAGGAACAAAUUUGAAGGAACGUUUGGAGGAAGUAGCGUUGCGAUCCACUCGCAAAGGAAAGAAGGCGACGCCAGGGAGGGUCGCUAGGAAAGGGGACGGAUAUAAGGAAAACGACGCGAAUGACCGUUUUGCGUUCAUCGAAGAUCAAAGGAAGCAGCUGCGUAUGAUGAGGAAGUGUGGAUUAGAAUCGUUGUGUAAGGAUGCAGGGAUUAAAUUGGGCAAGGUGGAUCAAAUGGUUAGUGAGUCGGCAGACUUCCGAGAUGAUAAAGCUUUCGGCAAGAGCAAGGGAAAAGAGAAAGCGGAGGGAUCGCCCUCACAAGACGACUGCUCCGUGUAUGAGGGGAUGGAUGUUGGGAUCCCACAUGUUCGGCGCAAAGAUUUGUCGGGUUGUUUUCAGGCGGAGACUGGUCGGUUUUCCGAUAAAGUUUGUAAAGAAGAGGACUUGAGAACGUGGUGUGCGUUAGUUGAUGGUCUUGUGCGAGUUCCGAUAGACCAUAACCCAGGUGAUACACUUGUUUGUUGUCCCUUGCUAUAUCGGGAGGGGAUGAGGAAGCUUUUCUUGGGCAAUGAUGAGUUUGUAGAGUGUGAGGAGGGUGAGGCUAAUAUCCUGCGUAAGACCAAGUCACGGUACAAUGAUGCGAAGCUGGGGGGCCUGGCGAAAUGGGAUGCCAGAGGGAGUGUUGGUAAGGCAUAUGCCAUUCCAAAGCACAAAGAUGCGAUGAAAUGGAGACCCGUUUGUCCCUCUCAGACCGAAUGUAGUGUGAGGGUCUGUUGGAAGGUCUCACAGGAAACUACCGUUAUGGCUACCAGCAAUGGCUUCGUUCGUUCUUGCUAUAACUUUGGCCAAGCUGGCCAUAUCCAAUGUUUUUGUCCUCAUCCUCCUCGUCAGGCUCCUGUGUCUAACCCCAAUUCCGCCAUUGUUCCCGUCCAGACUCAACCGCUUUUGACGUUGCCAAGUACGAGUAAUAACACGUAUUUUAAUUCACAGUUAAACCGAGGAGGCUGGACUGGACCGAGUAACACGAAGAGGAUUAAGACUUUGGAGGAGACUGUCACGAAGAUAAAAAUUCGCCAUGACGCCGAAGAAGAACAUGAGAAAAAAAAGAGUGAAGAUGAGGAGAAAGAGAGACGGGACAAAGAGGAUGAACUAAGAAGACAGAAGGAUAAGCAAGAUCGUGACGAGCACUACAAGCAGAUAGGGGACUUGAUUUCCUCUAGACUUGGAGGUGCUGAGGAGAUUAUGAACUUGAAGAAGAAAGAAGUGUGCGAUAUAAAAACUUUGAGAGUGGAGGUUGACAAUUUAAAGAAGAUGAGAAACUUACCUGUUGCGACGGUAAAUGAGGUAGAAUCCUCUGUUCGGCUGCAGCGCGAGUAUGAUGAGGCGAAACAUAAAGCACAGGAAGCAAGCAAGAGGCGAAUUGCGGCACUCGAGGAGCAGGUGCAAAGCUUGAAACGCAUCUCAGAGGAGGCAAUGAAUAAGGCAGAAGGCUGAAAACUGGAAGCGCAACGAACGGACAACAAACGUAGGAACGUCGC